AUGGUAGAGAAAGAUGAAGACGCAGACCCAUGGUUAGGCGCAGACAAAUUCCACCACAUCCUCAUGUGUUUCUCCAUCACUCUCCUCUUCUACUUUCUCGCUUCCCUAACCUCACACCCUCUCCUCCGCCGCCACGCCAUUUCCAUCGCAUCCCUCGUUUCUCUCCUCGCCGGCGCCGCCAAAGAAGCCGCCGAUCACCUCCGCUUUUUCCGCUCUUCCGGCGCCUCCUUCAAAGACGCCAUCGCCGAUGUCAUCGGUGUCUUCAUUGCUUCAUUAGCUCUUUCUCUCUUCCGAUCCAAAACCUCUCCCUCUCGCCCUCUUCCCCAAGGGAUUUCCCUUCUUUGA